AGUGUUAAUUCCAUUUUGUAAGCUCCUCAAUUUGGUUUCCAUGGAUCUCUCUGGGAAUAAUAUUCAAGGUCUGAUUCCACAUUGUUUUGGAAAUUUGACUUCUUUAACCUCUCUUCACUUAGCAAGAAAUAGGUUGGAAGGUUCAAUUCCAAACAGCAUAAGACAUCUUUGUAGAUUGCAAAGUCUAGAUUUAUCUGUAAAUGAACUAAGCGGGUCAUUGACGGAUUCCUUAGGGGCUCCAUCUGAGUGCCUUUCAUAUAGUUUGCAAAUGUUAUCCUUAGAUGACAACCAUUUUACUGGUCAACUACCAAAUCAGUUAUACAUGCAUACAAAUUUGAAUACCCUUUCUCUCUAUUCAAAUUCCCUCUCUGGUCCCCUAGCAGAUUCACUUGGAAAUUUGUCAAUGUUGUCUUUCUUAGAUAUUUCUUACAACAAGUUCAGUGGUAGCAUUCUCUCUGAAUCACAUUUUUCAAAACUCACCAAUCUCAAAGCGCUUGCAAUAUCUAAAAAUUCAUUAUUUCUUCAUGUAAGCCCCAACUGGGUUCCUCCUUUUCAAGCAACAGAGAUUUAUAUGGAUUCAAUCAAAGUUGGCCCUCACUUUCCACAAUGGCUUUGUACCCAAACAAAACUUAAUUUCCUAUACAUGUCCAAUGCAAGCAUCUCAGAUGCUAUCCCUGAUUGGUUUGGAAAUUUCUUCUGGACUUGCAGUUACAUAGAUCUCUCUAAAAAUGAUAUUAGAGGAGAACUCCCCAUGAGAGUAGAAGGUCGUUACAUGUUUGAAAUUGAUUACAGGAGUACAUUUGAGUUUUCAGGCAAUCAUUUAGAGUUUUCAAGCAAUCAUUUGACUGGUGAAAUUCCAAAGUGGUUAUGCAAUUUAAAAGAUUUAGCCGUCCUUGAUAUUUCUUCAAAUAAGUUGUUUGGAGAAAUACCUUCGUGCUUUGGAAAACUACAAGAGUUGGAAUAUUUAGAUUUGGGGAAUAACCAUUUAUUUGGUCACAUUCCAAAUUCAUUGGGAUCUCUCACUAACCUCCACACUCUGCACUUGCAGAACAACAAAUUUAAAGGGGGACUCCCUUCAAGCUUGCAAAAUUUAGGAAGGUUAGUCACCUUGGAUUUAAGUGAAAAUGGAUUAAUGGAUGUUAUUCCCCCUUGGAUCGGAGAAAACCUACCAAGUCUCAGGUUUCUUAAUUUUCAGAAAAAUAAAUUCUUUGGAGAUAUUCCAUUGCAAUUGUGUUAUCUGAAAGAUCUUCAGUUGUUGAACUUGGCAAAUAACAAUAUUUCUGGGCCUAUCCCUCGGUGUUUCAACAACUUCACUGCAAUGGUUAAUGGAUUUUCUAUCUUCCUUUUAAAUUAUGUUGAAAACAUUCAUGAAGAUAUAAAAGGAUUGGAAUUGGAGUAUACUACAAACCUUAGAUUUCUUAUAUCCAUUGACCUUUCAGAGAAUCAUAUCAUUGGAGAGAUCCCAUUAGAAGUUAUGAGUUUGCGUGCAUUGAAUAAUCUAAAUCUUUCUAGAAAUAAUCUGAGUGGGACUAUCCCUCAGACAAUUGACAAUCUGAGCAAAAUUGAAUCUCUUGAUUUGUCAAUGAAUGCGCUCUCCGGUCCCAUUCCUCAAAGCUUAUCAUCAUUGAAUUUUUUGAGCUAUUUGAAUCUGUCAUUUAACAAGUUGUACGGAAGAAUACCAACCGGGCAUCAACUCCAGACCCUCGAUAAUCCAUCCAUUUAUAUUGGGAACGAAGGACUUUGUGGUGUCCCACUUUUGAAGAGUUGUCUGUUGUGGUUUUUGGGAAAAUGUCGUAGUAUUUUUUGUAAAGGCUAA